CAACUUCUGAGAGCUUUGCGCGGGUACCAAGGCACGACAGCUCAACUCGCGGACACGCUAUGCGACAGGUAUCUCUGUCGCAUAGAGGACCCGAUUGGGCCCGAGUACGAGUACGCGGGCAAGCCUAAUCCAGAUCUUGAUGCCCCUUUUACAUUCCACGACCUUAGGGCGGCUUUAGCUAAGAUGCGCAGAGGUACGGCUCCGGGCCGUGAUCGCAUAACAGUGAAACUAUUGGCGAAUCUUCCGGACUCGGCCUGCCUUCACUUGCUAGAGUACAUUAAUCAGAUCUGGGACGGGCGUCCACUCCCUCCUGAUUGGAAGACCUCCUUGGUCACUUUCAUCCCUAAGCCAGGCAAGACCGUAAAUACCGACAACUUAAGGCCCAUCUCACUGACUUCGUGUGUGGGCAAACUUAUGGAGAAGAUGGUUCGCGAUCGCCUCUCUCCGUACAUGGAGGCUAAGGGCCUCUUUGAAGACACUAUGUUUGGUUUCCGCCCGCAUAUGUCUGCACAGGACGUCCUCCUCCAACUACAUCGCGACAUAAUACGACCCACAGCCAUGCGCCACAACGACAAGGCCAUCCUUGCCCUCGAUCUUAGGGGGGCCUUUGACAACGUUCGUCACGGCAGCAUCCUGGCAAACCUGAGCACCACGGAUUGCGGGCACAAGGCAUUCGCCUACGUCAGAGAUUUCCUCUCGAAGCGUCAGGCCCUCCUUAAGAUCGAGGACGAGGAAUAUGGCCCAUACACCAUGGGCACACGGGGCACUCCCCAAGGAGCGGUCUUGUCGCCACUCCUUUUCAACAUUGCCAUGAUGCAGCUUCCACAACAAUUGGCCCGGGUGGAAGGCAUCCAACACGCAGUUUACGCGGAUGACAUAACAAUUUGGACUACCGAAGGGAGCGUUGGGGAAAUGGAGGACCGCCUCCAGCGGGCCGCCUCCAUCGUCGAUAGCUAUGCUAUCCACUGUGGUCUCCAAUGCGCUCCUGCGAAAUCGGAACUACUUCACAUUAAAACCAAUCCCAAAGACAACACGAGUUUGCGUCUUUUUCUGAUGGGAGGUCCUAUUAGAGAGGUCGAGGAGAUCCGGAUCCUGGGUCUGUUCAUCCAUCACAGACUCAGCCCGGAAUCCACUAUCGACAAACUCAAACGCAUAGGCGAACAGGUCGGACGUAUGAUCCACCGCGUUUCCAACAAACGCGGCGGGUUGCGGGGCAGGGACGCGCUUCGGCUCGCCCAUGCCUUCGUAACCAGCAGGAUCCUAUACUCCGUACCCUACCUUCGAACUACAAAGAAACACGAUGAACGCAUCGACGCCAUCAUAAGGAAGGUUACAAAGCGAGCUUUGGACCUCCCGGUGGCUACCUGCAACGCUAAGUUGUUGGCUCUAGGUGUGCUUAACUCCUACCAGGAGUUAAAGGAGGCCCACCUUGUGAACCAAUACACGCGACUCUCGCAGACGGUGUCCGGGCGCCACUUGCUAGACCGCUUGCACAUACAACACGAGUGCAUUCCAGAGGAGACAUGCAGGCUUCCGGAGCUCUGGCGUCACAAGCUCUGGGUCCCUCCACUCCCGCGCAACAUGGACACGCAGACACAUGAAGGCAGACGAAAGGCGCGCGCUCGGGCUCUCGAACACCAAUAUGGAUUAAAGCAGGGUGUAUACUACGUUGAUGUGGCAGGGCCGUCGCCCACUGGAUUCUACACGGCUGCCGUAGUUCACCAGGACCAACGAGUUAACGGACUUUCCUACCGCGCUUUCAACUCCGCGCAGGCCGAGGAAGUUGCUAUAGCACUUGCCGCCUCGGACCCGAAUUCGAAGGUAAUCAUCACAGAUUCGCGCAGAGCCUGUGAGCACUACCUGGCGGGCGAGGUAUCACCUUUAGCCUACCGCAUUUUACAGCGAGCCGUGAGGGAAACGGACCCCUCACCCAAACGCAUUGUUUGGACUCCGGGCCACCAGGGCCUUAGAGGUAACGAGGCUGCGGACGCGGCCGCCCGAGCGCUUACCCACCGGGCACCUCAACCAGACUCUUCCGGCUCAGAGAUUAGACAACCGCUUCUGCGGUCCAGGGAAAUUCUGGCAGACUAUUGCGAACGUCAUCGGCUUUUCCCGGUCCCUGCUAAGGGCCUGAGUAAGGCCGAUGAACGAACACUGCGGCGCCUGCAGACAAACACCCUGUUGUGUCCUGCAAUAGCAAAACAUUUUGACCCAAAAGUUGAUGGGCGAUGCCCUCACUGUGGGGAAGUCUCCGAUAACUUUCACAUGGUGUGGGCGUGUCAGAUGAAUCCGUCCCUUCCCCCCAACCCUUCCCCCACUAGAGAGGCAUGGGAGGCAGCCCUACUCAAUUGCUCGGCGCUGGAGUCCCAAAGGGCUCUAGUCCAACGGGCGCGGGUAGCAGCUUCGUCCAGUGGGGUCCCAGACUAAGGACUCCACCUAUGUAAAGGGCCAUGUUUGGCCUGCAAACUCUCAAUCCGUUGAAUAAACGUUUUUCAU